AUGGUGGCUGUCCGUCUGAACUGCCCGGUCAGGGACUUCAAAUCAUCAGAGGGUCUGCUUAUCGUGCUCCCAGCACCUUCGCUACCGGCUGCGUCUUCUUCUAUUUCAGAUGAGAUGCGAUAUGUGGACGAACGACAUCUAGUGCUCACGUUGUCCAAGGCGUUAUGGGUGGCGGUGGAGCCGACGGACUUCGUGUCGGGCGUGCAGAUUCUGUCGAUCAACGGGCAGGAGACGGUGCUGAUCAAUUCGGCCUACUACUUCCUGAUUGACGGGAGCGGCACGAGGGUCACGGACUUGAUUUCCACUUCAACGACCACGUCAGCUCCAACUACCGCCACCACUUCCAGCGGCUCCUACUGCAUCACCAACUACUACGGUUGCUACGUCAUGUCCGACAUAAGGUUCUACUACGCCUUCGGUUACGACAUCACCUCCAACCAAAGGACCUACUACACCGACAACUACAACCUCAAUUACGAUAACGACUCCAGGCAUGACGUCGCCACUAACUGCCGCUCCUACUUCUACUCCUGCAUCAGUCACAGAAGCUCCGACUACGGCUCCACCAACUACGUCGCCGCCGACUGA